AAUAUUUCCAGAUUUAGCAGUCUUCCAUUAGGCCAUAGCUCCAUUUCCCCAUUAGCUUCUCUGGCUCUCACAUGCCACCAUACCAUUUCUAGCAAAAAAAACACGCACUCACACACCAGAAAGGCAGAAACAGCAGAGAGAGAUUUUAGUUAACUUACUUUGCCUCCUUAUCCAUCAUUCUCCUCCCCUUUCCUGAAUUUCUCAAUAACCCUCAAAUCUCAGCUGUCUCAAGACUGAAUUUGAAGUGGGCUACUAGGAUUUUUUUAAAAUCUUUGAUUAGCUGCUGUUAUCUUUGAAGGGUAUUGACUGGAAUUUUGCAGAUAUGUAUAGUCCAGAGGCGAUGUCUAAAGAUGUUAGUAGUAAUCUUAUGUAUUCUUCCAGCAGUGGGAAUACUGGUUUCAAGAAUGGGUUUUUAGAUGGGGAUUUCUUCAAGAGUGGCAAAGAAAUGUUGGGUUCAAGCUCAGAUCUUUUCACAAACCAUUUUCAGCCGGAACAAAAUGGUAGUGGAUUGAUGAGAUAUAGAUCAGCUCCCAGUUCAUUUUUUGCCAGCUACUUAGAUGGGGGCAGCAGCAAGAACAGCACCAAUAGUGAUAGCUCAGAAUCUGACUCAAUGUUUACUGCUUUGCUGAACUGCAAUGAACCCAGUAAUGGAAUUCCUCAUCAACCAACUCAGGGGAAUCCCUAUCACCAUCAGCAUCAGCCGCAGCUGAAAUUGGAAGUGAACGAAAUUGGACCAAACCAAUCGAGUUUUCAACAGAAGGUGAAUGAAUUUUCCUCUGUUAAUAGCGCCACCGUCCCGGUUUCUGUGGGUUAUCAAGCUGCUGUGAAUGCUGGAGGGGGUACAGUUGUUGGAUCUUACCCUGUGUCAAUUGGGGUGGAGAAUCAGGGGCGAGUUGGGAUGCAAAGUAGUGCAAAUAGCUCUAAUCUCAUAAGGCAGAGCAGCUCUCCUGCUGGAUUUUUCUCUGGGUAUGAUGGGAUGAGAGAAGUAGGAAACUUCAGAAACGGUAAUGGGAUCAAUGGGGAAGCCAGCCCAGCAACUGGUGUUUUGAACAAUCAAAUGAACUUCACUUCUGGGUCAUCUUCUAGCUCGAGGUUCAUGCCAACUAUAGCAGAAAAUGGAACUGAGAUGCUAGGCCAUGGUAGCCCUGACCAUGUCUCUGGCUAUCAUACUUCAUUCAAUAGCAUGAAACGUAACAGGGAUGGUGACUUGAAGAUGUUCUCUGGUUUCAGUGGCUUGGAUACCCACGUAAUAUUUCGGAUUACUCCACAAAAUAUUCUUUUUGUUUGUCGAGUCAUUUGAUUCAUGCCUCAUUUUGUAUGACAUUUAUUUUGCAGGAUCUGGAACCCAGGAACCACACUGCUCUAACUCAUCAUUUGAGUUUGCCUAAAACUGCGGCUGAAAUGUCUGCCUUAGACAAAUAUUUACAGUUUCAACAAGAUUCAGUUCCAUGUAAAAUCCGUGCAAAGAGAGGUUGCGCCACACAUCCACGCAGCAUUGCUGAGAGGGUAUGUAAAUCUUAUGUCUUGCAACUGAAUCUGUAAAUUUGCAAGACAAAGUAUUCAUAUCUGAUGAGAAUGUUUAUAAAAGCAGAUGAGGCGAACUCGGAUAAGUGACAGAAUGAAGAAACUACAAGAACUAUUUCCAAAUAUGGACAAGGUAAGAUUCGUAUGACACUUCAGUUCUCGAAGAGUUCUUUACUCUUUUCCGCAAGUGUUUGGUUAUUAAAAUUGCUCUGCUCUGGCCAUUUUUGCAGCAAACAAACACAGCUGAUAUGUUGGAUUUGGCAGUUGAAUACAUUAAAGACCUUCAAAACCAAGUUCAGGUAUAUUCAAUUUCAUCAAGUCCUUUUACUAUUACUUUUGUGCUUCCCCCCAUGUCCAAAAGUCACAUGAAUCUUACCAACUUCUCCUUUUUUAUCCCCUUUUUCAGACACUCACGGAAACCAGAGCUAGGUGCACAUGUUCCAGCAACCAACAACAACAGCAAUGCUCAAGCCAUGAACAUCACGUGUGAGAUGACUGACUUUGUGUACAGAUUAAUAGUGAUAGAUGAGAGAAGAUCAGAAUAGGUUGAUGAUGAUGAAUGAUAAAGGGAAAACAAAAAAAAGAGGGUGCUGACUUUUUCUCUUCUUUGGUGGAUUAGAUGAAGAAUUUAUUGUAUACGGCUGGCAGCCUUUGUUAAUUUGUAGUCUCCUUUUGUGUAGUCUUUGAGUAGGUUUAACUUCCUACGCUUAAGUGUUUUAAAUGUACAAAAAUAAAUUGGCAAAUACAGAUUCGAUUAUGUUAUUGGGGUUGAAUAAAUUUUGAUAGUCUCACACGAAAUCAUCGUGUGGUCAACUGAUGUGUGCUUCAAUUUUAUUUUAUUUUUUUAAUUUACAGAAUAAUCUAUUUCUUUUGUCUCAAAAGAUGUAAAGCAAAUAAAAUAGAUACAGAAGAUGUAUUGCGUUAACCAUUG